CCAACCGAAAAGAGUCGGGGAGAGUCGAGUGGAACCGAGCACACCCGGAAAGAGCCGAGCGGCGAUCGAAGCAACGGCCACUCCGACCACAGCCGCUGCUUCUCAGGCCUCUGCCCUGUAGAGUUCCCGCCUAAAGCCGGCCGCAAACGAGGACAGCUUUCGUCAAGCUGCGGCACAGUCUUCCCUGAAAAGCGGAAUGGGGAAAGGAAAGACAGCGACACUUCCCGGAAGUUCUGGUAACCAUGGAGACCGUUCCAGGAAGGACGCGUUGCCAUAGCGCCGCCGCCGGACUGAGAGGGACACGCAUCCCUUUUCUAUAAGGAUGGAGGACAACGCGGAGGAGCUGGAAGAUGUAGCAGACGCGGCAGAAGAAGAAGAAGAAGAAGAGGACGACGACGACGACGACGAAUAUGGAGACGAAGAGGACGACGAAGAGGAGGAGGAGGAAGAAGAAGAAGGAGGAGGUGGAUGGACUCUGCGGCGCCAGAGGCGCCGCCCCCGCAUCACACUCUGUCCCGAAUCGAGUCUCAAAGUAGAUUCUGCUAAAUCUGUAUGCGAAGCGGUGCCUCAAACCGAAGAGAGAACUGAGGAACAAUUGACUCGCGAGCUCAAGACUCCCGUCCUGAUUGGCCCCUCCUAUUUAGCCUGGACCCCUGAAGAGGUAGCUGAAUGGAUCGAAGCACUGGGUUUCCCCCAGUACAAGCAGGAGUGUUUUACUGCAAACUUUAUCUCUGGGCGCAAACUUAUCCAUGUAAACUGUUCUAAUUUACCACAGAUUGGAAUAACUGACUUUGAGCAUAUGAAGGAAGUUUCACGGUAUGUGCGAGAAUUGCUAGAAAUAGAGGAGCCUCUCUUUGUCAGAAGCAUUGCUCUCCCCCCCAGGGAUAACAUGGGUUUGUUUCUAGAGCAAAAAUCUCGGACUGGAACACGAAGUGAUGCCCUUGCCUAUUCUCAGUUUAUUAAAGAUGCAGGAUUAUGUGCAUACGAGCCCCAGCCUCUAACUCCACAGGAUGAAAGUUCAGAAAAUGUUAGUUCGUGGCAUGGAAGUUCACAAUGUAAAAGUUUACAGCAAGCUAGCUCACAAGCUAGCUCACAGCAGGCUGGUUUACGGCAAGCUAGCGCACAACAAGGGAGCCCACAAUGUGAUAGCUCGCAGCAAGCUAGCUCACUUCUCCCAAAACAACAAUAAAAAGAUAAAACAAGACUAAUGCUAGCAACCCCCCACACACACACACACUCACUGAACAUCCAGUUGGACAACCUGAUCUGAAAGAGAAAAAGCAGAGCAAACAGAGAUGUGUUUCGCUGCAGCUUAAGCACUACCCUAAUCCUAAACAUGUUAAAUAGAACAGUCAUAGAGCUGCUGUGUCAACAGAACUAGAGCACACAUGAACACAGGAGAUUGUUGAUACUGGAGUUUAUCCUGUAGUCCUUUCUCAUAUUUGGGCCAUUCCUUAGCAUAAACUUGCAUAUGUGGAGGUUCCUGGAGAGGAGAUUGCAGCCACUUUGCUCCUUCCUGGUCAUUCUGCUACUACGCUGAGCUAAGCCAUGGUUUGGCUUAGCAUUUUGUCCUAACUUAGACCCCUGGUUUGGCUAUCCUAGACAAACCAUGAGCUGUGAACCAUAGAACAAACCUUGGUUACAGCUUGUGAUUAGAAGAGAACAAAACCCUGAGCCUGGGUUUCAAUGACAUGCUAAGCCAAACCAUGGCUUAGCUUAGUCAGCACAAUAGCAGAAUGAUCAAGAAGGAGCAAAGUGGCUAUGAUAUCCUCUCCCAGAGCUUGUGUGCUCUCACAUGUUUGCAUUAAGCUAUGGUUUGUCUUAGGAUGUAUGAACCAGGCCAUAGUGUGGUGGCUAUGAACAUAUGCUGUGAAAGCCAUGGUGCAAAGUUCACCCCAGCCAUGAUCUCACCUGUUAGCCUUAGGAAAGCUACAAUCCCUCAUCCUUAAUACCUCCAUCUAUGGUACAGAGUUGUAAGGAUUACUUAAUUUAUGUAUAUGAAGUAUUUAAUAC